AUGAAUUAGAACUUAAGCCCCAAUCCCGAAGGUUUCAAUCGAAGUGUGCAAUAAAAUAUCCUAAUCCAUUUCAGCUAAACAUCAGUAAAAUCUCCUGUAAAGCUGAAUUAUUUAUCAGUGAACUGAAAUUAGCUGAUCUUACAAUUUCAGACACGGAAGUAUCGGCUACCUACAACAUUAAGUCUAGUGCAUUGUUUGAAAUACACCCUGAAUUUAUAAAAUCAUUUAGCGAUGUUUUAGCAAAGCUUAUGAUUCUAAGCACAACAUCAAAUUCUUCUGAUAAUGAAAUAUCAGAUGAUUUUGAAAAACAAGUUAAUUUCGAAAAACCUGCUAGAUGGAUCAAUCCAUCAAUAACUAUAAACCAUUUGGACGUCAUAGGAGGGACAAGAGAAUAUCUAAAAAUCGAAGCAAAUGUUAAUAUCACUAAUCCAUCAAAAAUUAAAAUUAACUUCAGGGGGAGCAAUGUCAAAUUCGAUAUACCGGUAAUAUUUAAAACAGAUGUUAGAGGCAAUCCCUCGGAAGGAAGAAUUGGAAGUGUGAUAUUAAAAAAUUUUAUAUUAGAAAAAGAUGGAAAUACAAAUCUUCGUGCCAUUGUACAAUAUUCACCAUUAAGCAAUCAAGAAGGAGAUGUUGGAAAAGUGUUGAUAAAGAAUUUUUUAACUGGAAAAUCUAGUGAUGUAAUCAUUAAAGGAACAAAAGAUACAACAACAAUAUCACUAUUAAAAGACGCUUUAAAUUAUGAAAAAUUAACUGUUUCUUUGCCAGGUAUUGAUAAAGAUCCAUUCAUCGCUGAAUUGUAUUACUCACUCUUUAAAUCCAGUGGCACAUUCACGUUUAAAAAUCUCUUUAGUACUGGGGUGCGUGUAAACGAGAUAAUUAGAGCUCAAAUUAAAGUAGAUAAAAAACCAGUUGCAAACGCCGCAACAAAUCUUAGUGAAAAUAGUGUUAUUGAAAGUGGAAACUCUAUAAAAGUUGAAGUUCCUUCGGUAUCUUUAGUUAUAGGAAAUGCAAUUAUAAAGCUUCCAAAAGUCAUGUCUAGGGGGUUAAAAGUUGAUAUUAGUUGCGAAGUUAAGGUUGAUGUUUUCAAUAAGAAUGAGACGAAUGAUAGAUAUUGA